AGGAUUGAGGCAGGAGGCCGUGUCUUUGGCGGGCGGUUGACCCCGGCGGGGCGGGACCGGGUGAGGGCGAUGGCCGCCGGGCUGCUGGAGCAGGGGGAGGAUGCCUUCAGGAGGCUCUUCAAGUACUACAAGAGGCGCAGACCCCCGCCCGACUUCUCGACAGUCCUCGACUUCUCCAGAGCCGAGAAGAAUCUUAAAGUUCAGAUUGCACCUCUUAAUGCAGCCUCUGUCAAUGAUAAGGAUGCCUGUAAAGCUGGACUGCAGCCAGUUAGCAAGUGGAAAGCCUAUACUUUAGCUGGAUAUCCAGGAUUCAUGUUCAUUUCGGAUCCCUUUCUUCCUGGAUGGCAGUGUUACUGGGCCAAGCAGUGUUUGAAAACCUACCCUCGGAAACCAAAUGUCUGCAACUUAGACCUGCACAUGUCACCGGAGGAAACUAAGGACCUUUGGGAGCAGAGCAGAGAACAGCUGAGGCUAAAAACCCCUGGUAAACGAGAGGCCAAAAGCUUGCUAGAGAAACUGCGAUGGGUUACCUUAGGAUAUCAUUACAACUGGGAAACAAAGAAAUAUUCACCCGAUCACUAUACAACAUUUCCUGUAGACCUCGCAUACCUGUCAGAGCAGGUUGCAGCAGCUUGUGGCUUCCACCAGUUUAAGGCAGAAGCAGGGAUAUUGAAUUAUUAUCAUUUUGACUCUUCACUGGGUAUUCAUGUGGAUGAAUCUGAGAUGGACUACUCCAAACCCCUCUUGUCCAUCAGCUUUGGUCAAUCAGCUGUGUUCCUUCUCGGAGGCCGGAAGAGGCAGGAUCCUCCCCUUCCCAUGUACAUGCACAGCGGAGACAUCAUGAUUAUGUCAGGCAGCAGCCGUCUUCUGUAUCAUGCAGUGCCCCGGAUCGUCCCUAACCUGGAAGGAGGGCGACUCCCCAGCUGUUUGGAACACACAACAACCAGCAACAACCAGCACAGUGACGAAGGUGACUGGGAAGCCUGUGCUAAGUACCUGGAGACCUCCAGGGUGAACAUGACUGUGAGGCAGGUGCUGGAAGUCGGACAGAGUUUCCCAGUCGAGUCAGACAGUGAAAAGAGAAGGAGGCAUCCAGCCGUCCUCUUAUCCUCAAGAUUACUUCGUGAAGACAAAUGAACAGAAAUUGGUCAGGACUGAUGUGGCAGAGACCCUGUAGUCCUUCAGCCCUUUCCUGGAGAUUUUAUGGUGGAAGGUCCAUAGCCUCAGCUCUCUAUUUUACAAUAUUUCUUCUCAUAUUUUAGGCCUUAAAAUCUGAUGAGAAAAUACAGAAGGGUUUAUCCGUUCAUACUCCAUCCAUGCACAGUUUCUGCGAUCUCUAUCUGUCCUCAUUUUGCAGGUUUUCCAUCCACAUUGCCCCAUCUAAUUGUAAUGGUUGCCCUUUUAUUUACAAAGAGGAAUUGUGUCUAACUGAUGGUAACUUUGAUAAAGUGACAUGUAUAAAAAAGCCCAAUAGUAUUACAUGAUUGAAUCUGAUGGGAGUUUCAAUUUUAUACUAU